GUGUAACGUAGAACUAGGAAGCUUCGAGACGUUUCUAGAAGCUGUGGGGAAUGGGGAUGUUUCUCGAACCAUCAGAAGCAUUAUAAAAGCAGCCACGAGGCGUUCGGACUGUCAUCACUGCAUUCACCAGAAAGCUGGUAACGUUCCCUGUGGAAGACAGCAUCAUACAGGCAGUAUCACCGUUUCGGAACAUUGUGUAUUAUAUAGCAAACCUCAAAGAGUAACUACGAGAUGCCUGAAGCACAUGAUCAGCCCAUGGAGGAGGAGGUGGAGACCUUUGCCUUCCAGGCAGAGAUCGCCCAGUUGAUGUCUCUGAUCAUCAACACCUUCUAUUCAAACAAAGAGAUCUUCCUGCGAGAGCUCAUCUCGAAUUCCUCAGAUGCUCUGGAUAAAAUUCGCUAUGAGAGUCUCACAGACCCAUCCAAGUUGGACUCAGGGAAAGAUCUGAAGAUUGAGAUUAUUCCAAACAAAGAGGAGCGCACCCUGACUCUCACUGAUACUGGUAUUGGGAUGACCAAGGCUGACCUGAUCAACAACCUGGGCACCAUUGCUAAGUCAGGCACCAAGGCCUUCAUGGAGGCCCUGCAGGCUGGUGCUGACAUCUCCAUGAUCGGUCAGUUCGGUGUGGGCUUCUACUCUGCCUACCUGGUGGCCGAGAAGGUUACCGUCAUCACCAAGCACAAUGACGACGAGCAGUAUGCGUGGGAGUCAUCUGCUGGGGGCUCCUUCACCGUCAAAGUGGACUCAUCUGAGCCAAUUGGCCGUGGAACUAAGGUGAUCCUGCACCUUAAGGAGGACCAAACAGAGUACAUCGAAGAGCGCAGGGUGAAAGAGAUUGUGAAGAAGCAUUCCCAGUUUAUUGGCUACCCCAUCACUCUCUAUGUGGAGAAGGAACGUGACAAAGAGGUGAGUGAUGAUGAGGCUGAAGAGGAGGACAAGGAAAAAGAGGAGAAAGCAGAGGAUGACAAGAAUGAGGAUGACAAGCCAGAGAUUGAGGAUGUGGGUUCUGAUGAUGACGAAGACCAAGAAAAGAGUGGGGAUGACAAGAAAAAGAAGAAGAAAAAGAUCAAGGAGAAGUAUAUUGACAUGGAGGAGCUGAACAAGACCAAGCCCCUUUGGACACGCAACCCUGAUGACAUCACCAAUGAGGAAUAUGGAGAGUUUUACAAGAGUUUGACCAAUGACUGGGAGGACCACCUGGCUGUGAAGCAUUUCUCGGUGGAAGGUCAGCUGGAGUUCAGGGCCCUGCUCUUUGUACCACGGCGUGCUCCCUUCGAUCUCUUUGAGAAUAAGAAGAAAAAGAACAACAUCAAGUUGUAUGUGCGCAGAGUCUUCAUUAUGGACAACUGCGAUGAGCUCAUCCCAGAAUACCUCAACUUCAUCAAGGGUGUGGUGGACUCUGAGGACCUUCCCCUGAAUAUCUCCCGAGAGAUGCUGCAGCAGAGCAAGAUCCUGAAGGUGAUCCGUAAAAACCUGGUGAAGAAGUGCCUGGAGCUCUUCACAGAGCUGUCAGAGGACAAGGACAACUACAAGAAGUACUACGAGCAGUUCUCCAAGAACAUCAAGCUUGGGAUCCAUGAGGACUCACAGAAUCGCAAGAAGCUGUCUGAGCUCCUAAGAUACUACACCUCUGCCUCUGGGGACGAGAUGGUCUCUCUCAAGGACUACGUCACCCGUAUGAAGGACACCCAGAAGCACAUCUACUACAUCACAGGUGAGACAAAGGACCAAGUGGCAAACUCGGCCUUCGUGGAGCGCCUGCGUAAGGCUGGCCUGGAGGUGAUCUACAUGAUCGAGCCCAUCGAUGAGUACUGCGUCCAGCAGUUGAAGGAGUUUGACGGAAAGAACCUGGUGUCAGUGACCAAAGAAGGCCUGGAGCUGCCUGAGGAUGAGGAGGAGAAAAAGAAGCAGGAGGAGAAGAAGGCCCAAUUUGAGAACCUCUGCAAGAUCAUGAAAGACAUCCUGGAGAAGAAGGUUGAGAAGGUCACAGUGUCCAACCGCCUGGUGUCCUCCCCCUGCUGCAUUGUCACCAGCACGUAUGGCUGGACUGCAAACAUGGAGAGGAUCAUGAAGGCCCAGGCACUCAGAGACAACUCCACCAUGGGUUACAUGGCUGCCAAGAAGCACCUGGAGAUCAACCCAGACCACCCCAUUGUGGAGACGCUCAGGCAAAAAGCUGAGGUGGAUAAAAAUGACAAGUCUGUGAAAGACCUGGUCAUCCUGCUCUUCGAGACCGCCCUGCUUUCCUCUGGCUUCACGCUGGAUGACCCCCAGACACACUCAAAUCGCAUCUACAGAAUGAUCAAGCUUGGCCUCGGUAUUGAUGAGGAUGAUCUAUCCACAGAGGAGACCACAACGGCACCCAUCGAGGAAAUGCCCCCACUGGAGGGGGAUGACGAUACAUCCAGGAUGGAGGAAGUAGACUAAAAAGUAGACUAAAAGCUGUAUGGUGUAAACAUAAAAGGCAGAAUUCAGACUGGUUCUGUAAAUACUUGCAGGGUUGACUCUGAGUAUUGUUAAUGAGCCUGGAAUGCACGUUUUCCUUGUGAUCCCUGUUAUCAACGGUUCUGAAGGUGGACUAAUUCACCCAUUCCUUGGCUGUGGGUGUGAGUGUGCCCAAACAGCAUUCCAUUCUUUUUUAUUUUUGUAUUUAUAUUUUAUGUUCUGCUCUUCCCUUUUGUAUUUGUCAUUCCAUGUCAUAGUUUAAACACUGUAUAUAUUGAUUUAAAAUGUGGUAAUAAAAUAAAAGUUUACCCUUUCAGCCUACAAA